AUGAUCUCGUCUGCUUCUACAGAAAGCCUCUUGAACUCAUUCCCAAUGUUCGGUCAUACCCGCUGGAGUGUUCUUGAAUAUGCUGGGAUAUUAGAGGAGAGUUGUAAGACGAACACAAGUGUGACGUCCGAGUCGCUCAAGCGCAAGUCAACGGCCUGGACGCAGGACGAAAACACUUCGCCGACCACUGCAGGGACUCAGCCGACUGGCUAUGACUUGUCACCGCCGGUGCACUUUAUAGAUGAGUUUGGCUGUCAACAAAGACGCAAAGGCACCUUUCCCAACCACACUCCACGAGACUUCGAAAUGCAGUCCACAAAACUAUUCAACGUUUAUCAACCUUCCGUAACUUCGAAGGAGAACUACUCCCGUCCUAGGACGUCGCAUGGGACCCAUUCGUUCAGCAACAAUCGUACUACUACCAGUUCACAUGCCUAUAAUUCAUCGACAGUGUUCCAUACAGCUGGGGAAUCCACCCCAAAUGAGUUUGGAAAUGCAAUACAACCCGACUCCAAGGAGAUUUCAUCGUCAUCAUCACCAAAGGUCUAUCAACCAUCGGCCAAGCCAAGACGACGCUCAUCAUCCGUCCCUUUAGCCAGAGUGCUUACAUACGAGCCACGCUCUACCUUCUCUUCUGAGCAUGUAGGCCGCGAUACCAGCAUUCGAAGCGCGAGCUCACCGGUGAGUCGUCCACAAGACAAGAAGCGCCAGCGCCGCCAAACGCCAUUCAAAGUAACAAUUCCAAGUGCACGACAUGCGCCACUGGAACCCCUGGUUGCCAAGCACCGACGCAAGGCAAGCUACGAUACCAUGAGCGAGCUUCUACCUGAGAUAGAAACGGAGCAAGUCGGGGAAAUGGGCACUUUCGGAGUGAUCCAAAGAUACUUCGACAGCCAGACGGGCGGUCCAGUGUCAGUACCGAAAGCGCUUUGCCAUGCUUAUUCGCCGGAUCCGCCGAAUGUUCCUCUUCCCAUGUCUCCUGAGCCGCCUCUUUUAGAAUCGACCAAUAAGUCCACGGAAAUCUACGCUAUUGGUGAACUUGAUCUACACGAGCCACCACCAGCAGUACCGAAUCGUAGCCCGAAGCGGCUCACGAACCCAACCUUUCCAGUCCAGACCGAGUCAGCCAUCUCUACACACGGCGAUUUUGUCUUUAUAGCUGACGAGCAACAUUCGUCUAGUGCCGAGAAUGACAAACUGGAAGAUGAUCUCCAUGUUCCAAAGGAGCGAAUAUCAAAACGCCUCGAUGUGGGACAAGCCGGUGGCGUAGGUUCCUCGCAGUUAGGACGGUUGGCACCACCAAUUCUUAGCCACGAUGCAUUGACGGCGAGCGCUGAUCUGGGCCUGAAUGAUCUCAGCUACUACCUCAAGCACACUGGACCAUCCACAGAUUUCCAGCCUACAGUACAACAACGCAGGACGACGAUGAAGCUUUUCAAAGCCAAACAGCGCAAAACCCAGGCUACUCGCGUAGGAUCCGUGAACGUCCUCCUCAGCGAGCGCGCAGACAGACUUCUAUCCCAACAUGUGCUCGCGAGAUGA